AUGGAGCCAGAAGCUCCAAUUCGAGGCUUGAAGAUCAUUGUCGACUUCAUGGAACAGAUUGCAAAGCCAGUGCAUUCCAGCAGCUUCAACGUAGGCGACCUUGUUGAUAUGAUAGUAGCCGAACCGACUACUGAUCAAGGCGUUCACGAGCGUUCUGAAGACCAUCUCGUGAAUACAAACUACGGAAUCUUCGUCAUAAAAUCGCGGCCAGGUAUAGUUGUUGAAAAGUUCGAGGAAUACUGUAAUGUCGCCGAAUUGGGCCGUCGCAACAAUAGAAUUCUGGACGGACUUUCGCUCAUGGGCCUCAUAGAGCGCAUGGGAGUUCUACCAUCCGACGCUGCUCCAUUUGAUCUUGCAACUCUCUCGGAAGACCACGAGCUCUAUCGCCUGAUAUAUGACCCUGUAAGAGUUGCGGAGAAUGUUGGUCGUGGUAAACCAUUCGAUCAGUGUUCUAUUGUUCAGCCUGAUUGUCAACAUCCUUGCAGGUACACCGAUCUCCUGGUUCUUAAAGGCAGGCUCGCAACUAAGGAUAUGGCAAGACUUCUUGCUACAAUUAAACUAGCGAAACAGCUCCGGACUGAGCUGCUGAAUCGGACCACAGGGCCACUCCGUGGUUACCUGCCGACUCAAAAGAUAUACCGUAGACCACAAGGUGCAUCAACCGAGUCUAAGCGCAGAGAAUACGAUGAGCUCAUGGGGUUGCUAGCAAUGCUUAAGCGCAAAGCGCGUGAGGCAACAGACCCUGCAAAUAAUCCGCCUCCGCCCGACCGGCGCGACAUCACAGCAACAAGGGUCCGAGAUCAAUUCGUCUCGAUAGGCGAUACAGCCUCCAAUGACGUAACGGGUACUGUGCAGACCUUGUCCUCGAUGACAGCACCGACUGUGGCCAAAUUCGUUGCUACGAGUAGCAUUCAUCCGGACCGUCGCCCCGCCAUGGAAGUUUCUGCGCUCAUACAAGCGAUCGAGCAAGACUCCCGCAUCGCCUGUGAGUCUGCCUCUAGGCAAAUUAUCCCUCUACAGGUUGCACGAGACAUCGUGCGAAUAGAAUGGGAAGAGAUGGCCAAUGACGCUGACCUGGUUGGUGUCAAUCUUCCUUCCAAAAAGCGGAAAUUGGACGAAGUCGAAAAACUCCAUAAGGAGGCAGAGUCACAGAGCAAGGGUCCUAUGACGGUACUCCGGGGUAUCAAACGUCUAAAACAGAAGGUGAGGGGCUCGAUAUUAUCCGACGAGGACUCGCGCACUGAAGCUAUGCGCCUUUAUUCCGAGCUUGACAAUGUCACCACGGGAAUGGAGAAGCUGCAAGCGAAAUCCACUUUGUUCCUCGAUAGGGACUAA